AUGGCUGAGCCAGAAGUAGUGGAUUUGGAUCUAACAAUCGAUGAUUUAGUUCCCAAAAGUCCAGAAAGACUGGCUGAGGAAAAAAAGGAGAGCGGAAACCAUCUCUAUAAAUUCAAAAAUUAUAAGGGUGCAUUGGCCAUGUAUGAAGAUGCAAUCAAACUCUGUCCUGAAAAUGCAGCCUAUUAUGGCAACAGAUCUGCCUGCUACAUGAUGCUGGGGAUGUAUAAAAAAGCUUUAGAGGAUGCUCAAAAAGCUGUAGCCCUUGACCCAACAUUCACUAAAGGAUAUAUUCGUAUGGCUAAAUGUCAUAUUGCUGUAGGUGAUAUAUCUGGUGCAGAACAGGCGGUUCGUAAUGCAAGCGAACUCGGUGGGCCAGAUUGUGCAUCGAACGAACGUCGCGCGUUAGAAUCACUACGACGGUUACACGAAGACGCACAGCGUGCCAUGGAGGCCGGAGACUACCGCCGUGUGGUCUUCUGCAUGGACCGCUGUUUAGAAUACAGUCCUUCAAGUAUAAAGGCGAAACUUAUUAAAGCUGAGUGCCUUGCAAUGAUUGGACGCUGUCAGGAAGCUCAGGAAAUAGCAAAUGAUUCACUAAGAUUUGAUAGUUUAGACACAGAGGCAAUAUAUGUACGUGGAUUGUGCCUUUAUUUUGAGGACAAAGAUGAGCAAGCCUUCAAACACUUCCAACAAGUUUUGAGACUUGCACCAGACCACAAGAAAUCCCUUGAGACUUAUAAAAAGGCCAAGCUACUAAAACAAAAGAAAGAGGAAGGCAAUGAGGCAUUUAAAAUGGGUAGAUGGCAACAAGCUUUAAAUCUGUAUAACGAAGCACUCACCAUUGAUAAAAAUAACAGAAAAGUCAACGCCAAACUAUAUUUUAAUAAAGCCACUGUGUGCGCAAAAUUAAAUCAAAUAGAAGAAGCAGCAGAGGCUUGCACAGCCGCAUUGGAGUUAGAUGAGAACUAUGUUAAGGCUUUGCUGCGUCGUGCCAAAUGUUACGCCGAACUGGGGAAUCACGAAGACGCUGUGAAGGACUACGAGAGGCUUUAUAAGAUCGACAAAAAUAAGGAACACAAACAGUUACUCCAUGAGGCAAAACUGGCUUUAAAGAAAUCCAAACGCAAAGACUACUAUAAGAUUUUGGGCAUUGAGAAAACAGCAUCAGAAGACGAUAUCAAGAAAGCUUAUAGAAAGCGCGCUCUAGUUCAUCAUCCGGACAGACAUGCGGGGGCUCCGGACAACGAGCGCAGGGAACAGGAGCGCCGGUUCAAGGAAGUGGGGGAGGCGUACGAAGUGCUUAGUGACCCCAAGAAACGAGCCCGCUACGACCACGGACAAGACCCUUGA